AUGGCGUAUAAGCAGCAACCCGUUCAGGACGAAGUGGAGAUGGAGACGAUGGCCGAGGCUGAAUUAUCCCGAUUAAAACGCCAGUACAGAAUAAUGGAGAAUGAUCGGGUCACUUACUCCGAAAAAGCGCGAUUACAAUUGAGGAAUCAGCAGAAUAUGAUUGAGAGAUUGGAGUACGAAAAAGCGGAACUUGUUUUGGGGAUCAAAAUGGCCAAGUCGGAAGCCAAUUCCAGGAAGGACAACGAGAUGGAUGAGAAGUUGAAGUGCCUCUUGGCGAAGAGAUCGAAGUACAUCGAGAUGAUUAAAAAUGAACGACAACAGAUUGAUGAACUUCAGGAGCAAAUUAUUAAGGUAUCUAAAGAGGUUCAUGAGCUGAAAAUGAAGAUUCGUACAGACGCGCAAUCAAAAGAAAUAUCGGAGAAGCAUAAUCACAUGAUUACGACCUUAGAGAACAGGUUGGAAGUUGCAACUAAGCGUUUUAACGUUGUGGUCGCUGAGAAUUGUCAAUUGCGCGCUAAGAUAGACAGUUUGCUGAAGGAACGAGCGCAGUUCAACAUCCUCUGGGCUAAAAUGAUAGGCCAACUCAAUACUGGAAAGUCCGUCAUCAAUGAUCUCAUUGAGCAGGCUACGAUUACGUUCAAUCAACGUGACGAGGAGCUCAACAAGAUUCAUGCACUCAGGGAGAGGGGAGCGAGAGAUUUGAAGGCACACACUUCAGAAAUGUGUGAAUUGCAACGAACACUCGAUAAUGAACUUAAGCUCCAGGAAUUCUUGGGGAUUAAGGGACAGCACAGAGAAAUGGCGGAUUUGCAGGCGAAAAAGGAAGCUGAACGUGAAGCUAAACGCGAGGAGAUGAAGAAUAAAAUUGCUUCUUAUAGUGAGAUUUUAAAUCUUGUGAAGCAAUUCACAGGCGAGGAUGACAUCGAUAAAUUAACAGCUCACUUCCUGAAGCAAGAGGAAGAAAACUUCGCCCUAUUCAAUUACGUGAAUGAACUGAAUGACGAGCUCGAGGGCUUACAAACACGUGUGGCCCAAUUGAGAGACGAAAUCGACGAGGCACGUGCCCUAAACAUACACCGGGGUUGCCAGCAGGCGGAGACCCUCGAGAGGAUCUCAAAGCAGCUGGAGGAGCAGACGGCACAGGCCGACGAGGCCGAAGCCAGUCUCACCGAGUGCAACGAGACCUUCGAUAAAUUACUGCAAGGAAUUGAGGCACUGUUUCACAACGUCAAGUGCGAUAAUUCGUCUAUUCUGGAUCUUCUGGGAGAUAAUACUCAUGUGACUAUGAAUAAUGUGAUGCUUUAUCUCGGGAUUAUUGAGAAGAGGAUCGGCGAGAUGUUUCAUAGGGUGCAUUGGGCUGACGUCAAUGCUGGGAAGAUGGACGCGUUGAGAUUGGAUGAGGAGAAGAGAUCGAAAUUUAAAGCCCCUUCGUUGAGCCAACUCGCACCUACCCAGCCUUGUCCUUUAUGUGUUGAGAAAGAAGAGUUCCAAAUCGUGACAGAAGGUCUCGAAGUUCCCCUGACGCGUGACGAAAUCGGUGAGAAGCUGAAAAACGUUCUCGAGGAGGAUCACACCGAUAUUUUGCAUAAUGUCUCGGGUUGUCACCUACCAGCAGCAAGAAAAAUUAUUCAAAAACGAUAUCAAUAAAUUUCUGGGAAGAGUAACAAUGAAUUUAAAACAUUGAAUUAUCAUUCAUAUUACUCAAGUGGACGCGCCUGUGUUGCUUCACGCGAAACGAUCCUCAGGCGCUCCCACGUUUCCUGGGAAUAACGUAAUCGAGGGAAUUUUGUUAGUAAACGAAAUGUCUAUGAUUGUAGCAAAUUGCACUAAUUAGUUAUUGGAGGUUUCCCUCGAACAAUUUCCGGCAAGAGAUUAUCCACUGAAAACAUCUUUGCAUUUGUAUAUUUUUUUGACAUAUGUUUUUAAAUAAAAUAUUUUACAUUUUGAA